AUGAGCUCCCAGGAUGGCGUUACCACCGACAAUCAAAAUACUCUGACACUAUCAACUCAUCACAUCACUCACGCACAUGAUCAUGCUGACAUUGCCUUGACUCGAUACCAAUCGUUUGUCGAUAUGUUAGACCACCCGAUGAACUAUCAGUCCGUGAACCCCGGCUCCUACUCGGGCUAUCAUCAUCGACAGAUGCAGUUUAUGGCUGUGAAGAUGAUGCGGAGCCAACAGGAAAGAGAGCGAAACGUUCAACGGAAACUUGGAAUAGGCAUAGAGCUGCUCACUGACGUGGAUUUGGCAGCUAUUCAAGGUUUUCAGAAGGAAGCCAGAGAGGCGAUGCUGGAUUACAAGAGGCAGCUCGAUUCUCGGCCCGCAUUUACGUCCGAAUAUUUUCCAGAGGUACCGGCAGGAUGGAGCGGCAACUCCAAGCAGCCAGAUAGAGUUGUAGUCUCUGCAGAUUGUGUAGAAAAGCGAGCAGAUGCACAGUCAUCCGUUGUGCUGACCAAAACUAUCGAGGCUCGGCCCUUUCAGCGGCAAGACCCAUCUUAUCUGAACAGUGCGGAGCGAAAGCUUCUCGCAAAAAAGCAAGCAGAGCAUAACGCAGCACAGGCGGCACAAGACGCGAACCAGUCUAAGAACAAGAAGCCUCCCCAGUCUGCUCCAAAAGACACUUUAAAGCAAGUGACCCUCUCCCCUGAUGAACGAAUCUCUGAGGAACCAGAGCCCCUUGUGCGAGACACUUCUGGCUUCACGCCCACGCCACAGUCUCUUAUUGUGCAGAGAAUGGAUAAUUUGCAACGAUUGCGUAACGCAGUGAAUAUAGUUGUCAUGCGGAACAGGGCACAAAGAGCUUUGCGCCAGAUACAAAGUGCUUACGCAGAAUUUCUGCCCAUAUAUCUGCGCAAUAAUCAGCAACUUCGGGAUAAAUCGGCAAUCUCUUCUACCUCUCAGCAGAGACGGCUUGUGGGGCUGACACUGGAAAAGAAAUGCCCAGAAAAUGUCGCACAAGCAUACCACGAGCUUCUUUCAUUAGUUGAUAGACACAGCAAUCAAGCUGAGGGCCAAAACGACACAGAGCAUCCUGUCUUGACCUUUAACACAUGCUUAACGUUUCGCCCACCCCCAAUGACAGUUCUGUCUUCAGUUUCGUUGGCGAACACUGACAAGUCUGAUUUGCAAAUGGGUCCUUCUAUGAGUAGAAGUAUUCCAGAACUACUUUUCUAUCGUUUUAGUUCCACAAAAGGAUGUAAUGACAAGCUCCACGUAGAUGGAAAGGCAGUAAGAGAAGAACAGAUCUCUAUCAUCCUCGACUUCAUCUAA